AUGGUGCGGGAGUUUCGUGACAUUCAGAAGAAAGCUGUCAUCCUUCGGUCAUGUUCCUCAACGGAUUCCAGGUUGGGUCACUAUGAUUUACGGCUGAACGCCUACACCUGGGCGUCAUCUCCUAUGAGGCGUUAUCUGGACCUUAUCUUGCAGAGACUUCUGCACACCAUGCUGUCUAAGGAGAUCCUAAAGCAAGCUGACUACACUCAAGUUGAAAUCAAUAGGUUCUGCCAAACUGGCAUGGAUGCAGAAGAGCAGUAUGAUGCUCUGGUGUUGAGACUAAAAAAGGUUCAGUUUGAACCCAAAGAUGUGGUUAAGCUUGCGGUGGUGGACCAGCUCACUCCACAGGGGCAUGAAUUCACAAUAUCAUUCCCACUACAUUCUAAGUUAGACGUCAUCACCAUCAUGUACAAGCAACUUAAAGUUGUGGAUCAGCCAAAUUACAAGAAGGAAAAGAACGCCAUGACCCUUCAUUGGAAGAGAAGAGUGUAUUCAUUCAGUGAAUCAUUCAAGAAUUCGUAUCCGUUAAAGCCCAUGAAGAAUGUGACAUCAGUGUCAAGCAACUUGUGGAAAAGACUGGUAUCUGCUGUGAAACAGCAGGAUUGGGUUAAGAUUGAGCAAUGCCUCCGAGACAUGAAAAAAGGGGAGGACGAAGAAAAGGAAAGUGUGACAAAUGAGGCUUGUUCAACAGAACAACGCCAUUAUAAGGAACUAACCAUGGAGCUGAAGUUAGGCACGGUUGUUCAGGUGCAGCUUGGGACUGAACUCAAAGAUGGCUUUCCAGUUCCUGUAGUUCAACUUCUCAGUGUUAAUCAAUGUUUUGAGAUCUGUUUGGAGCACACAAGAAACCCUAUUGAUUGUUUUUCCAAAACAGUGUGCAAUGCAUCAAAGCCUUUCUAUGAAAGCUACAAUGAGUACCAGAACAUCUGGAGCCAACUAUGUCAGAUAGACACCGCUUACAAUGCUUUGGAAGAAAAUAACAGCAUCAUCUUGGAG